CGCCAGACUGCGCUUUUGUAUCAUCCCCGCAGCCGUACCGCAUCUUCGAAGCUCAAAGCUCAUUUUCCAGCACUGCACGACGACAUUGAACUUCUUUCCCCAGCUUGAAAACCACCAGCCUCAGCACCUCGACUUCGUUGCGCUCGAUCUUCCUCCACGAAGGGCAAGAUGCCUUCCUACGAACACUUUCAAAGCUCCGGCCGGACGCCUCUGCGUGUCUACAACAAGCAGCCAACAUACGAGACCUACGUUUCACCCUAUGGACCAAAAACUAAACACGUCCCCAAUUUCAUGGGCCUGAGCAUGGGCAAAGCCCUCCGUUUCGGCUAUAUCGCUUCGGGUUUCGGCGUUGCGGCAGGUGUCUUUGCAGUCUUUUUCUUCGGCGAAGUUCCCCGCGUGAGGCAAGAUAUUCUGUCCAAGCUUCCCGUCAUCGGCAACUACUGGAUCAGGGAGGUGCCGCCGGAGGAUAACCCCUUCUAGGGGAUUUAUGCUGUGAAGGAGUGGGGAGCUUGGGAACAAGGAGUUGCAGCAGAGAGAGGAGGUGGGCUAAAGAUAUGGCGAGAGCAAUUGGGGAUGAUUGUACAUAUUAGAUUGCAGAGGGACGGUUGCAUGCAGCGACUGGACGGAACGUCUAGGUUAAAGAACGCCCGUCCGGGGGAGGGAAGACCCAUCAAGACCAUGCGAUAAAAUCAAUGAAAGGCUUUGUUUUCACGGCUUGCAUCAACCACUAUCAGAUGUGGAAUGACAGUAUAUCAAUGCUGUAAAUUCCGUUUCCGUUUCCGUUUUCCGGAUUGUAUGUACAACUUCGGAGACCCUCAAGUAAUAUGCGAUGAG